UCCUCUUCCCUUCGCCUCCGCCCCGGCCUGGCUCUCAGGCGUUGCCGAGGCUCCUCCUGCCUUGCCGGUCGCAGCGAAGGGCGAGCGGGGCGGCUGGAGUUUCGGCGGCCGGGCAGGCAGCGCUGCGGUUCGGGGCGGGCGAAGGGAACGCGAGGGCCGAGCAGGCGGAGGCGACGCAGGUUGCUGAGCAUAGUAUUUGCUUUAAGAGGUCGCGUGUGAAAGCUUCAUGCAGUACACAGAGGCAGCACAUCCUCGGAGGAGAGUGUGCAGGGAGCAGCUUCAACUCUGUGGUUCCAGUUAUCCCAUUAUCUGUGAUUCUGAAGAACACGUCAGAGAGAGAGGAAGAGACUAAAUGGAUCUUAAGACAGCAGUAUUCAAUGCAGCUCGGGAUGGCAAGCUGCGGCUUCUCACCAAGUUACUGGCAAAUAAAACUAAAGAAGAAGUGGCCUUGCUGGUGUCAGAAAAAACAAAUGGUGCCACACCCCUUUUGAUGGCAGCCCGCUAUGGCCAUCUAGACAUGGUGGAACAUCUACUGGAACAGUGCAGUGCUUCUAUAGAAGUUGGUGGCUCUGUGAAUUUUGAUGGUGAGACUAUUGAAGGUGCACCACCAUUAUGGGCAGCAUCAGCAGCUGGCCAUUUGAAGGUGGUCCAGUCUUUAUUAAAUCAUGGAGCAUCUGUCAACAAUACCACUUUGACAAACUCAACACCUCUUAGAGCUGCCUGUUUUGAUGGUCAUCUAGAAAUUGUAAAGUAUCUUGUGGAACACAAAGCUGACCUCGAAGUAUCAAACCGCCAUGGGCAUACAUGCCUUAUGAUAUCGUGUUAUAAAGGGCACAAAGAAAUCGCUCAGUAUUUGCUUGAAAAAGGAGCUGAUGUAAAUAGAAAAAGUGUCAAAGGAAACACAGCAUUGCAUGAUUGUGCAGAAUCUGGUAGCCUGGAAAUCAUGAAGAUGCUUCUCAAAUAUUGUGCAAAGAUGGAAAAAGAUGGCUAUGGAAUGACUCCCCUUCUCUCUGCUAGUGUUACAGGUCACACAAACAUAGUUGACUUUUUGACCCAACAUGUUGAAACUAGCAAAGUAGAACGUAUAAAUGCACUGGAACUCCUGGGAGCCACCUUUGUGGAUAAAAAGAGAGAUUUGCUUGGUGCUUUGAAAUACUGGAAAAGAGCUAUGGAUAUGAGAUACAGUGAUAGGACUAACAUACUGAGCAAACCUGUGCCUCAAACGUUAAUAAUGGCCUACGAUUAUGCCAAGGAGGUGAACAGUGCCGAAGAGCUAGAAAACCUUAUUGCAGACCCUGAUGAGAUGAGAAUGCAGGCCUUGUUAAUUAGAGAACGUAUUCUUGGCCCAUCUCACCCAGAUACGUCCUACUAUAUUCGGUACAGAGGUGCUGUCUAUGCAGACUCUGGAAACUUCAAACGAUGCAUCAAUCUGUGGAAGUACGCUUUGGACAUGCAGCAGAGCAAUUUGGACCCCCUGAGCCCUAUGACUGCGAGUAGUCUGCUUUCGUUUGCUGAACUCUUCUCCUUCAUGCUUCAAGACAGAGCAAAAGGCCUGCUGGGCACAACAGUUACAUUUGACGAUCUCAUGGGUAUACUGUGCAAAAGUGUCCUCGAAAUAGAACGUGCCAUCAAGCAAACUCAAUGUCCGCCUGACCAAAUACAGCUCAACAAAGCCCUUUCCAUCAUUUUGCAUUUAAUUUGCUUGCUGGAGAAAGUUCCUUGUAGUCCCGAGCAAGAUCAUUUCAAGAAACAAACUAUAUAUCGAUUUCUUAAGCUACAUCCUAGAGGAAAGAAUAACUUCAGCCCACUCCACCUUGCUGUUGACAAGAACACCACAUGUGUGGGGCGCUACCCAGUUUGUAAAUUUCCUUCUUUGCAAGUCACUGCUAUACUAGUGGAAUGUGGCGCGGAUGUAAAUGCUAGAGACUCUGAUGACAACAGCCCUUUGCACAUAUCUGCACUGAACAACCAUCCUGACAUCAUGAAUCUUCUUAUCAAGUCAGGAUCACAUUUUGACGCAACAAACUUGCAUAAACAAACUGCUAUUGACUUGCUGGAUGAGAAGGAAAUGGCAAAGAACUUGAUCCAGCCCAUCAACCACACUACACUGCAGUGUCUUGCUGCCCGUGUAAUUGUGAAUUAUUGCAUAGGUUACCAAGGGCACAUCCCAGAAAAACUUGAGAACUUUGUUUUGCUCCAUAGAUGACAGUCUGACAAUAGGCCCUUGGUACUGUGGGAGCACGAGUUAGUAACAUCAAUUGUUGCUUUCUCAAGCACUGUUGUGAUAUGCCAGCGAUACACCAUCAUUCAUUCAGCUUGGUCCAUCCUGCUCAUUGGCUAAAGCAUUAUUAGAAUCAGAUCUGCAGAAUUGGUUGCCCAAUAUUUAAAACAUACCAUAUAAUAUAUUUUGUGGAUUAUUUAGAAAUGUAAUGCUAUAUUUGGACUCACUAAAAUUUGUCUGCCAAAGGCUUGUCUACUCUGGUUUAGUUUGCCUGUUGGUUGUUUGGGACUGAACUGAAUAAUUUUCGUGGUGUUGUCUUAUUCUUACUGGUGUGUGGAUUUUAUAUAGUUGGGAAGUCAUCUUUUUGUUCUUGCUUGAGCAUUUCUAUUCUUUUUUUCUAAUGGGUUCAUUGCUGAACUAUACAAGUUGUAUGGACUUGUUAACAUUUGCAAUUACCAUAAGUGCUUUUAUCCUCUCUAUGCACUGGCUUGAACAUGACUGUUUGUGUGUUGGCAUAUUUCUAUGCAGCAGUUGGCCAUUGUCAGCUCUGACACUGUUUUCUUGCAGUUUGUUAGAGAACUCUUUGAAAAUAUACCCUUUACAGUUUGA